AUGACUGUUGAGAGUUACAUUGUCCGUCCUACUAACAAGUAUAAUGGUUUAUCUCCACCAUUAAUAAUACAAUUACAUAGUUUAUAUCUAUUUGGAGCUCCUAUCGACAUGCAUAAUCAUCGAUUUUAUUAUUAUGAUACUGUUGAUAUAAUAUGUAUCAUAGAUAAAUUAAAAUCCUCCCUUGCUAAGGCCCUCAAGCUAUAUUCACCAGUUAUGGGGACUUCCUCUUGUGGAACUAUAGCGAUAGUAACGUCUAUCAAUCACCAAGUGACUGAUUUAACUGGUUAUCUCUAUUUUCUUAAAGUACCAUCAAAAGGAGAUAUCUCUGUAGCACAACCACCACCAUCACUUACUCCACCAUUUAAAUUUCUUUCUUACCUUCCUCCAUUUCAAGAUGGAAGUUUACUAAAAAUGAUAUGGGAGCGAAUGGAAAGUGACUUCUCACCUGCCGUUUAUAAAUCUGGAUUCUUCAGUCUCCAAACGGAGAUCAUUGCAAUGGCUGCUGAUGGUCAAGAGAGAUUUUUAGCUCAAAAGAAGAUAUCGAAUGGGCAAUGCUUUGAAUAA